CUUUUCUGGAAGCCCAAGGCGGCAAGGCCAAGGCAGCAAGAUUUCCCGGAAGGCGUCUCCUGGCAGGGUCCAGAAUCUCCUUAAAGGAUCCCUGGCCGCUUUAGUGAGCCUAGGAGACAGCCCAGCAUCCAGCCUGCCUCUUUCCCCAGGAUGUUCACCAUGACAAAGGCCAUUGAGGACGUUCUUCUCCAGCACUUCAUUCAGACGAAGCUGGACAUUGCCUAUGCCAUCAACAAGCCUUUCCCUUUCUUCGAAGCCCUCCGAGACCACUGCUUCAUCACUGAAAAAAUAUAUAAGGAUUCUCUGGAUGCUUGUCGGAAUCUGGUCCCUGUAUCCAGAGUGGUGCACAAUGUUCUCACCAGUCUGGAGCGGACUUUCCACCCGUCACUGCUGCUGACACUGUUCAGCCAAGUCAACCUGCGCGAAUACCCCAGCCUGGGGGAAGUUUUCAGAAGCUUCAAAAAUGUUGUUACUGCAUAUGAAAGGAAUAAGAGAAGUACGCAGACCUUACCGAAAGCCCCAGCUGUCCUAGCAGAAGGGCGCUCUUUCCAGACUCUGCUGCCAUUGCCACCGCCACAACCAUCUCCACCAAGCCAUCCGUCCUCUGCUCCAAGAGUCGGUGAGCCCCGAGCAGCCUCACAGCAAAUCACUGAGAUCCUGGAUAAGCAGCCCAGUCCUUCUCCCCGAGCUGUGCCUCCCGCUGGCUUCGUGCAGGAAGGAAAGACCACUCCAGCUGCCUCUAACAAUUUAACCGCUACAACUGAUGAGGAAGCAGACUCAGAAAGGACGUCCAGAAUUUCCUCUGGCACUGGACAAGCAUCCUCCGUGGACCCACAGAGAAAUGAUAAAGAUGACUCUCCAGAGAUGCCCCACAGUCGGCCAGGCCCAAUCCCAGUGAACAAAGGCAACUUAACAUCCAAGGUUAAGGAGGAAGAAGCCUCAGGAGGGCAGCCUCUCUGUUCCCCUGGUGCUGUGCAAGUGGCAAAAAGUGAUUCUCCAGCACCGAAUGACCUGGAAAUGGCCCAGGAAGCACCCAGCGCUCCUGCAAAGCAGAAAAAGGAUUCUCCAGUUCUGAAUGACCUGGAAAUGGCCCAGGAAGCACCCAGCUCUCCUGCAAAGCAGAAAAAUGAUUCACCAGCUCUGAAUGACCUGGAAAUGGCCCAGGAAGCAACCAGCACUCCUGCAAAGCAGAAAGGGGAUUCUCCAGCACCAGAUGACCUGGAAAUGGCCCAGGAAGCAACCAGCACUUCUGCAAAGAAAAAAGCAAAAAAAAGGAAAAGAGACAUCUGGUCAACACCCAAAAGAAGACGUCAGAAGAAAAGACCCACACAAGGGGUGAUCUCACCUGGACAAGGAGUCCGGAAGAAGCUCAAAGUGGUGGAUCAGAAGACUCAGAGGAAGAAUGCCUCAACCAGGAAUUUGAGGAUGGUGACCAGGGCUCAGAAGGCAAGGACUGGAUGUUCAGAUAUCCAGAGCACAGGAUAAGGCUGCAGUGGGACCUGCCAUUGGAAAGGCUCAGUAUGGCAGGGUCCCUUAGAGAUGGCACAGGGGUGGGGAAGAUUCAUGAAUUCAAUAUUAAGACAGAGAAAGGAUGAGGAUGGAGGUGAGAGGGGGCAAAGAGAGGCAAUGGUCUACUGUGGCUGAGGAGUUUUUGUUAAAGAAACAUAACCACAGGUCAUAAGAUCAUAGCCACAGGUCAUCACAGCUGAGACCUAAGGCAGAGAAAGAGUGUCCAUCCUUUAGAUUUUACAACCUUAAAGAUAACUAAGAACUUUCAAAGGUCCAUGUCUAUGUUGUUUAUGUCUACCUAUUUGUACAUUGUUUAUAGCUAAAAACCAAUAAUUAAAAAUUUUUACUUAAAAUGAAA